AUGCGUGUGGUGAGCUCUUCAUUCAGAUAGUAUUCAGCGGGAACUAUAUUCGCUCACCUCAUGGUCGGGUUUGCUGCGCAUCACUCUAGUUUAGAUCGCGCGUUGGCCGACUCGCUGGCACCUGAGCUUCGCACCGAAUCACUCUGUGACUUGUUCGACCACAGUCUGCACAUCCCUCAUCAGCACCAUCGAAAGAUCACCGCCCUUCCUGUGGCCUGGAAUCGAGGCACACAUCACUCGAUUUUCGUUGCCCGGCCCCGAACGCCACUGUCGACCUGUCACGAUCACCUCCGCCACCCCCACAUCGUUCACCCGCGUCGUCAACGUCGAGCGACCACUCGCAUGCGAUCACUGGCCCUAA